AUGGCAGUAAGAAAUCAAACACGAUCUGUACCAGCACUUCGCAGAGAAUCAGCCAACAAUGAGGUUCAUCCCAUUUCGGCAAGCGAAGCAAUUGCUCGAUGGGAGAAACAAACCGGUCAGUCUGCUCAUCAGGCCAAAGAAAUCAUGUUGAAUGGUUAUUACCCUCCAAUUAACGUCAUGGAUGCUUCUAUUGAAAAGUUACUUCAUUGCGAAAAGCUUUCAUUAUCGACAAAUAUGAUCGAAAAAAUUGCACAUUUGAAUGGUUUACGUAAAUCGAAAAAUUUCAUUGUGUGGCGAGUUUUUAGGAAAUCAUCAAUAAAAAAAGAAGAUUCUUCUAAUAGACAUUCUCUUCAACAGGAAGUUUUGAAUGAAACUCUGGAAGAACUUUGGAUAUCAUACAAUUCCAUCCAAAAGUUUGACGGAAUUCUCAAUAUGAAAAAACUUCGAGUCUUAUACAUCAGCAACAAUCAGAUCAAAGAUUGGUCAGAAAUACGUCAUUUAGCGUCAGUUGAUACACUCGAAGAUUUAGUUCUCUAUGGAAAUCCAAUCCAUGAUGAAUGGAAAAAGGAUGAAGAUGCAUGGAUAGAAACAGUACAUAAAUUGUUAAAAUCGUUAAAGAAACUCGAUGGACUAUUCUUAAAACAAGAUUUCGACAACUGA